AUGCAAAUAACAGCAUUUAUUUUGUUUUCCCUCUAUCCAGACUUUGUACAGUUAUCUGAUCAGCAGCAUCGUGAGCAGGAGAAGAGCCCCAGUCUAGCCAAGGAAGAACAACAGGAACUCUGGAUCACUCCACAUGAAGACCAACUUACAUUGCAGGAGGUAGCUGAUACCUCUGAGUCUAUAUUUACCCCUCUUUGUGAUGGAAAUGACGAUGAUACAGAUCAUCCUCUGCCCUUGCAACUCUACCAAACCCAGAAAGAGGAAAACACAAAUCCCCCAGCUGUCACCUCAUUUGAACUGAUACAACUGGAUGCCAAAGAAGACAACUUUUUAAUAUCAGAACCAACAAGUGAUCACCAUACCCCCUCUAACUGCUGUCAUGUCACUGAUAGUGAAGCUGACCCUAAUUGCAGUCGCCAGAACUGUGAGGAAGCAGGUUCAACUCGUAAAGCAAAGCUGAAACCUAAAAAAAAACCGUACGAGUGCAAGAUUUGUGGGAAAGUGCUUUAUAAUUUUGAAAUUUUCAAAAUUCACUUGACAUUUCACACAGGGGAAAAGCCUUUCAAAUGUACCACUUGUGGGAGAGAUUUUACCUGGAAGUAUAACAUGGAGAGGCAUACAAAGACACAUGUAGGGGAAAAGCCAUUCAGAUGCACCAUGUGCGGGAAAAUGUUUACCUAUGAGUCAAGUUUUCAAAGGCACAUAAGGACUCAUACAGCAGAGGAGCCAUUCAGAUGCACCACUUGCGGGAAAAUGUUUCCCCACAAGUCAAGUUUUCAAAGGCACAUAAGGACUCAUACAUGGCUGAACUCAUUCAGAUGCACCACGUGCGGAAAAGUGUUUACCCAGAAGUCAUAUUUGCGAAUGCAUGUGAGGAUUCAUACAGGGGAGAAACCAUUCAGAUGCACCACAUGCGGGAAAAUGUUUACCCAGAAGUCGAGCUUACAAAUGCACGCAAGGACUCAUACAGGGGAGAAGCCAUUCAGAUGCACCACGUGCGGGAAAAUGUUUACCUACAAGACAAAUUUACAAAUGCACGCAAGGACUCAUACAGGGGAGAAGCCAUUCAGAUGCACCACGUGUGGGAAAAUGUUUACCCUCAAGUCAAAUUCACAAAGGCAUUUAAGGACUCAUACUGGGGAGAAGCCAUUCAGAUGCACCACUUGUGGGAAAACGUUUACCCAGAACUCAUAUUUGCAAAUGCACAUAAGGACUCAUACAGGAGAGAAGCCAUUCAGAUGCAGCACGUGUGGAAAAAUGUUUACCCAGAAUUCAAGUUUACAAAGGCAUGUAAGGACUCAUACAGGGGAGAAGCCAUUCAGAUGCAUCAGGUGCGAGAAAAUGUUUUCCCACAAGUCAUAUUUGCAAAUGCACAUGAGGACUCAUACAGGGGAGAAGCCAUUCAGAUGCACCACGUGCGGGAAAAUGUUUACCCAGAAGUCAAAUUUACAAAUGCAUGUAAGGACUCAUACAGGGGAGCAGCCAUUCAGAUGUACCACGUGCGGAAAAAUGUUUACCCAUAAGUCAAAAUUGCAAAUUCACCUAAGGACUCAUACAGGGGAGAAGCCAUUCAGAUGCAGCACGUGCGGGAAAAUGUUUACACUGAAGUCAAAUUUUCAAAUGCAUGCAAUGAUUCAUACAGGGGAGAAGCCAUUCAGAUGCACCGUGUGCAAGAAAAUGUUUACUCGGAAGGCAAAUUUACAAAGGCACGUAAGGAUUCAUACAGGGGAGAAGCCAUUCAGGUGCAACUGUGGAAAUGGGUUCACCUCAAAAUGGCGUCUGAAACAGCAUGUCAUGAUCCACACAGGUGAGAGGACUCACAUGUUUCUGCAAAAAGAAGUUAACUGA